AUGCUGUAUCAGUCCGGGUCCCUGCAGGCCCUGAUAAAGGGCCUGCGGUCGGCGCAGCAGCAGCAGCAGGAAGCAGAAUUCAUUGCUAGCAGCCUGCAGCAAGUGAAGAAUGAGUUGUCUGCAGCGAGCAGCAGCAGCAGCAGCAGCAGCAGCGCAGCCGCAGCAGCAACACGCAGCGUGGCCCUCCAAAAACUCAUUUACCUGCAAAUGCUUGGAGUUGAUAUUUCUUUUGCUGCUUUUGCUGUUAUAGAAGGAAUGGCAGCACAAAAGUAUUACUUGAAGCGGCCCGCCUAUGCAGCAGCAGCAAUUGUUUUUGCUGCUGGUGCAGCAGCAGCAGCAGCAGACGUUUCCAAGGCCAAGCAGCAGCAGCAGCAGCAGCAGCACUGGCCCCUGACCGAGCUCUCGCUCUUGACUAUUAACCUCUUCAAGAAGGACCUGAGCAGCAGCCAGAUGUAUGAGACAGGCUUGGCGCUGCAGACACUUUCUUGUGUCUCUCCUUCGAGGGAAAUGGCGGGCUCGCUGCUGCCAGAUGUGCUGCUGCUGCUUGGCUCUUCUCGGCCUUACAUUCGGCGAAAGGCAGCACUUUGCUGCUGCAGCUUUUUGCUGCAGCAGCUGCGCGAGCAGCAGCAGGCGCAGCAGCAGCGGCUGCAGCAGCGGCUGCGGCUGGGCGCCGCAGCGGCCACUGCUGCUGCGCAGUCGGAAGCAGCAGCAGAAGACGACAGCAGCGCGGUGCUGCAGCACGUGCUGCUGCGCAUGCAGCAGCAGCUAAUGCAGGAGCAAGACACGGGAGUUCUUUGCUGCUUGGCUACAGCUUUGCUGCAGGCAGCAGCAGCAGAUCCGCAGCCAAUUCUGCCGCUGGUGCCGCCGCUGUUUCAUUUGCUGUGCAGCAGCAGCAGCAACUGGCUGAGCAUUAAGCUGCUGCAGCUGUUCCUGCUGCUGGCAGCAGCAGAGCCGCGGCUGCCGCCCAAGCUGCUGCAGCCGCUGCUGUCGCUGCUGCAGCAAACCAAAGCAAAGAGCGUGGAGGUCGAGGCCCUGCGGCUGCUGCUGCUGCAUGCGCCCAUAGAAGCAGCAGCAGCAGCAGCAGCAGCAGCAGCAACGGCGGUUUCCACCGCGGAGCAAGCCGCAGCCACCGCCGUGACGGGCGACACCGCAGCGGCAGCAGCAACAAACAGCGGCAGCAGCAGCAGCGCCAGCUUGGAGCAGCAGCUGCUGCUGCUGCUGUGCCAAAAGCUGCAGCUGCUGCUCUCCUCCCCAGACCCUAAUAUUCGCUUCUUGGCUCUCGAUUUGCUGCUGCGCACUUUUACUAAAAGGCGGCAGCUGGUGCAGCCGCUGCUGCGGCUGCUGCCUGACCUGCAGCAGCAAAUGCUGCAGAGCGCCAAAGGAGUGGACUCAACGCUGCGGCGAGUUGGGGUGGCGCUGCUUGCUGCUGCUGCUUCUGCUGCCACUUUUCCUGUGGUUUGUGAGCGGCUGCUGGCUGCUGCUUUUGAUGCAGCGAACGGGAGCAGCAGCAGCAGCAGCAGCAGCAGCAGCACCGCCGCCAAGGGCGCUGCUGCUGCGGCUGCUGCAGCUGCUUUCGUUAGCCCUGAAGACUUCAUACUGCCCGUCUUGCAAAUGGCUGUAGAUAGCGACUAUGAGCUGAUUGAGGACUUUGAGUGGUAUGUGGCGGUGCUGGUUGACAUUGCUUGCAACAGCAGCAGCAGCAGCAGCAGCAGCAGCGGUGGGACAGCUGUUGCUGCUGCUGUUGCGCAGCAGCUGCUGGACAUAACAGUGCGCGUGCCCGAAGUGAGGCCCUGCAGCACGCAUUUGUGCAUGUUGCUGCUGGAGACUGCAGCAGCAGCGAAGCCAAAGGGCCGCAGCAGCAGCAGCACCAGCACCAGCAACAGCAGCAGCAGCAGCAGCAGCAGUUUGCAUGUCCUUAGAGCUCUGCGGCAGCAGCACCGCGAGGCCCUCGUCAGCAGCGGCUCUUUAGACUGCGACUCUGGGGCCAUUCAUAACAACAACCCCACCAACGGGUGCAGCAGCAGCAGCAGCAGCAGCAGCAGCGGUGCUGCUGCUGCGAACCAGGUGUACAUACACCCCGAGAUCAUCCGCGCAGCAGGAUGGAUCGUAGGGGAGUACCACAAGCAGCUGUCCACAGGAGCUGCUUCUGCUGCUGCUGGCAUUCAUUUCAUUGAGGACGCAGUUUGCUGCCUAAUCUCCGUGGCUCAAGACUCGUCGCUGCGGCCUUCAGUGCAGCGGGUGCUGCUAUGGGCAGCAGCAAAAGCCUAUCUGACGCUGACAGCUGCUGCAAAGGGCCGGCUGCUGCAGCAGCAACUGCAGCAGCAGCAGCAGGAGCCGCAGGAAGCGUAUGAGGAGCAGCAGCAGCAGCACGACCCCGAAGCUGAGAAAGCAGCAGCAGCAGCAGCAGUGGAGCGCCUAAAGCCCAAAAUGCAACAAGCAGCACAAGCAGCCCGCAGCACAACGGACGCCGAGCUAUGCGACAGAGGCGCUUUAACCCUUUCUUUAGUCAAUUAUUUUUCUUCUUCUGGCUGCUGGAGUUUUGACCUCGAGGGCCUUUUGCCGGUGCAGCCGGGGGCGCAAGCAAUGCUGCAGCCGCCACCGGAGCUGGACCUCGACAAGCCCUUCCUAGAUGCUGCUGUGCUGCAGCAGCAACUGGACGCGCGCCUGAAGCAGCAGCAGCAGCAGGACCAGCGAGAGCAGUAUGAGGCAGCAGCAGCACAAGGCCUGCAGACAGAAUCUGCAGGCUUCUCCCUGCUGCAGCAGCAGCAGCAGCACAUACUCUGUGCCUCUGCGGGCAAAAAGAAAUUCAGCGUCAUUAAGGGGGCCAUAGCCCCUGGCUCAAACCCUCCUGUGCAGCAGCCAGCAGCAGCAGCAGCAGCAGCACCCGCAACAGCAAUGCCUGCUGAUGGGGUGCCUGCGCCACACAAGGCGCAGCAGCAGCUGCAGCAGCAGCAGCUGCAGCAGCAGCAGCUGCAUCAGCAGCAGCUGCUGCAGCAGCAGCAGCAACUGCAGCAGCAGCAGCAGCUGUGGAAGUGCUGCGGAGGGGACGCAGCAAUUCAGCUGUUUUGCUGCUGCUGCUGGUCCCUCGUUCAAACUGAAGGAGAUAACGGCGAUUUAGUUGUUUCCGUUUGCUGCAGUCCCAGCAGCAGCAGCAGCAGCAGCAGCAGCAGUUGCUGCGCUGGCCCU